CUGAAAAACAUGGUGUGCGAAACUACCCGGACGAUAAGGAGGUGCGGACAGGCACAGCACUGAAUAUGAAAGUGGGAUAUGACAGUUAGUAAAUAUGCUUUAUGACAUGGCGCUUGUUUAACGCUGUUGUGGAGAUGAUGUUCAUGAUGUUGAUUUGUAAAUAAUGUCCGAAGCUGCUUUUGAGGAAGUUUCCGUUUUAUCGUCCAUUUACUGCAGAGAAGGAGAGUUCCAGCUCAUCCAGCAGGCUGUAAAGCCUUUCCUAUUUAGAAACACCUUUAAUACUCAAUGAGAGAGGACCGAAGACAGUUUCAGUUCACCCCAUCUGAUAAUUGUGCUUCAUUGUUCCCCCAGCUCAGGAUGGACUCAUGGUGCAAAUCAACAGCACUGUUGGAGGACAAAGAGGGUUGGACGUGAGUCUGUUGUUCCACCUGCACCCCCGCUACCCUUCCUGUCCCCCCGCCAUCUCCGUCUCUUCCACUGGUCUUUCUAGGACUCAGUGUCACAACAUCAGACAGAAGCUGCUGGAUCAGGCUGCAGCUUUACCUCCAGAACCAAUGGUGCAUCAGCUCGUGGAGGGGCUGCAGCAGUGUGUGCAGGUGACAGAGAAGGGCAGAGGUGCUGAGGAGGAGGUGAAAGAGAGAGAAGAAGAGGAGCAGUGGACGGCAGUGCUGUCAUUGGACCACAUCCGAUCUCGAAAUCGUUACAUCAGUCUGCUGCGGCGCUGGAGCCAGCAGCUUCAGCUCAAUGGGACGAUAUUACUGGGACGGAGUAUACUGGUUAUUCUGCAGGGAGCCAGACCCAACAUCAAGGAGUUUUGUCGCCUUUUAAAGACGGUGAAGGUGGAUGUGGAUUCUUCAGGCAAGAAAUGCAAAGAGAGGAUGAUGAAGGUUCUCAUUGAAAGCCCUUCGUCUCCCUCUUGUGGACAUGGGCUCCAGGGUUUUGUUGAGAAGAGCUACGAGUCGUUAGCAGAGCUGAGCGCAGCCUUCCAGGAAAUCAACAUGACGGAGCUUUACCAGCAGAUACUGCCAUCAUUAAGUGACUGACGGCACACAGGUUACCACGGUGACCACGCUGAAGAUUCAGACCAUGCAGGCAGCAGCUACGGCCUGACUGGAGAAACAGGCGCACAAGAGUAAAGCCUCGUCCCAAUGCUCAACUCCAACACAACACAACACUAAAACUGACUGAUGGUCGUAACGCAGGGAAACAAACAAGGGUUCAUUAUUGCUGACGUGAUAUUUUGACGCUUCAUUAAAUGUCAAGUGUCUGCA